AUGGACGGGGUGGUAGAGGCGUUGCACAUCUACGAUGAGCGCAACUCGCCUGUCCUGUCGCACACCUAUACGUCGAGGCCGCUCUCCUCGGCCCACCUGCUCCCGCUCUACCUCGCCCACCCGCAGCCGCGGCCGAACCUGAUCUACCUCCCGAACACGAACCCGCCCACUCUCGUCUUCUCCCUCAUCCACGCGAACCUCCUCUUUCUCCUGACCACCUCCGGCGAGGUCGAACCGCUCCUGAUCCUCGAGUUCCUCCACCGCAUAAUCGACGCCUUCGAGGAGUUCCUCGGCGCCCCUCUGAUAUCCCACAAGAUCGAGUCCAACUACGAUGUCGUCGCCCAGCUGCUCACCGAGAUGUGCGAUGCCGGCACGGUCGCCACCACCGAGCCGAACGCCCUGCGGGACGUCGUCGAGGUAGAAGGGUGGAUGGGCAAGCUGCUGGGCAGCAUCACCUUGCCGGGCCAAGUAAAGGACCUGAGCGCGUACGGCCGGUCACCCAGCCCCGCGCUGGGCUCGCCGUCGCUGCUCCAGAACACGACGCCGUCGUUGCCAUGGAGGAGGGCCAAUGUCAGGCAUACGAGCAACGAGCUGUACGCCGACGUGGUGGAGACGCUUAACGUCACCCUUGCGCCGAGUGGGAGGCCAUUGGCUGCUUUCGCUAAUGGCACCAUCGCGUUCACCAGCAAGGUCUCAGGGGUGCCGGACAUCAACAUGACACUCACGAGCCCCUCGGGCAAGCACAACCUCGGCAGCGUUAUGGAGCUGCCAGUAUUCCACCCUUGCGUGAGACUGGCCAGAUGGAAAGAACAGCCUGGGGUCAUAAGCUUCAUCCCACCAGACGGGAGGUUUAUACUGGCGGGCUACGAGGUGGACUUGCUACCAUUCUCUAGCGGAAAGAGCGGGAAUCUGAGCUCAAGCAGCUUGAAGCUUCCGGUAAACCUCGAGAUGAAGACUGGUCUCGGGCCGACGGGGUCAGACUUUGAGGUCAAGGUCUACAUCAACAAGAUAUUUGGCGUCCCGACCAGCUCAGGUCCGCCUGGCAGGGGCGGCGGCAAAGGGGGGCCUGCCUCAACUUCGUUGGAAGACCUUGUUAUCACAGUGCCGCUACCAGAGGAUGUCAGGAAUCUGCCCGACGUUCGGCCAACUAAGGGAGACGCAACCUACAAUCCGGGCGACGGAGAGCUGCAAUGGCACAUACCAGCCAAGGAACUAAACACAGGGACAACAUACUUCGGGCUAAAGUGCACAGUCACAGGCCCCUUGGCCGAGGGCGACGAGGAGGCACCGAUGGACUACACCUACGAGGAGCCCUACCAAGCCGAGCCGACGGCAGCCGGGGCGAAGCUGGACAAGGCCGUCGGCGCAGGCUCAGAGGACGAUCGUGACGCGAAGAGGGUCGCCCAGAACAAGAUCCUCAUGCCAAGUUCGGCGUCGGUGAGCUUCGCCGUCAAGGGCUGGCUGCCGAGUGGGAUCAGGAUAGAGAGCAUCUUGUUGGAUACCCGGAAGAGCAGGGGCCUGGGGGAGGGCGUCAAGCCGUACAAGGGAGUCAAGUACUUGACUGUCAGCAAGGGGGGCGUGGAGAUACGGUGCUGA